AUGAAGGAUUUCGGAAGCGGAUCACAAUCAUCGUCGUCAAGACCACCACCGCCCUACUCUAGUACGAAGUACUUGCCACUGGUUCAACCAACGUUCACAACCACGCCGAAUCCCAGAACACCCCUACAAGCUCUAGCCCAGAGCAACCCGAACAACCGUUUGCAAUUUCUCGCAGUGCCAGAACCAGCGGUGGCGAACUUGGUAAGGGCCGUGAGUGUUGGCAUGCAAGAUCAAAGUACUUUCACCACGAAUACACCGACCAACUGGACUGCCAACGGCGAUACAUCGCUGCCGUGGACUCGUUACUACCGCAAGUUCAUCCUCGACUUAACGGAGCUCAUCCGCCCCCUUAGUGGUUUGCUGAAGAAAGGAGCCAAGUGGCACUGGAGCGAGGACAAGCGUCGAGCGUUUUUGACAAUCAAGUUCGCGUUGCAGCAAACCCCUGUUUUCCAAUUGCCUGACUACAACAAGCCUUUUGUGGUUACCACCGACGUCUCUGGUUUCUGCUGUGGUACAGUCACUUACAAGCUCGACGGCGACGGCAAUGAUCGGUCCGUUGCUUACAUGUCCAAACAAACGCUUCUGUCCUCAUGA